AAUAUUCACAGGAUGACGAGUGGAAUAUCCAUGCCCUGCGUCCAGGCUCAGUAUGGAUCAUCACCUCAAGGAGCUAGUCCUGCUUCCCAGAGCUACAGCUACCACACGGCCGGAGAGUACAGCUGCGACUUCCUAACUCCCGAGUUUGUUAAGUUUAGCAUGGACUUGACCAACACCGAGAUCACAGCCACCACUUCACUCCCGAGCUUCAGCACAUUCAUGGACAACUACAACACUGCAGGCUACGACGUUAAACCGCCCUGUCUGUAUCAGAUGCCCCACUCUGGAGAGCAGUCCUCCAUCAAGGUGGAGGACGUCCAGAUGCACAACUACCACCACCAGCAGGGCCACCUGCCCCCCCAGUCAGAGGAAAUGAUGGCUCACUCUGGGCCUAUGUAUUUCAAACCCCCCUCGCCUCAUGCCCCGAGCACACCAAACUUCCCAGUUCAGCCCAAUCACAUGUGGGAGGACCCGGGCUCCCUGCACAGUUUCCACCAGAACUAUGUCGCGGCCACGUCUCACAUGAUCGACCAACGCAAGAACCCGGUGUCGAGGCUGUCGCUGUUCUCCUUCAAGCAGUCCCCGCCCGGCACCCCGGUGUCCAGCUGCCAGAUGCGCUUCGACGGCCCGCUGCACGUGUCCAUGAACCACGACAACCCGGGCGGCCACCGGGGCCUGGACGGACAGAGCUUCGGGGUGCCCAUCCGGAAGCAGUCGGGCCUGGCCUUCCCUCACUCCCUGCAGCUCGGACACGGCCACCAGCUUGUGGACAGCCAAAUGCCAUCGCCCCCGUCCCGAGGAUCUCCGUCAAACGAGGGUCUGUGUGCGGUGUGUGGGGACAACGCAGCAUGCCAGCAUUAUGGAGUGAGGACCUGCGAGGGCUGCAAAGGAUUUUUCAAGCGCACCGUCCAGAAAAAUGCAAAAUAUGUGUGUUUAGCAAAUAAAAACUGUCCUGUUGACAAACGCCGAAGAAACCGUUGCCAGUUCUGCCGUUUCCAGAAGUGCAUGGUCGUCGGAAUGGUGAGAGAAGUGGUCCGAACGGAUAAUCUCAAAGGUCGGAGAGGACGCCUACCAUCCAAACCCAAAAGUCCCCAGGAGCCCUCACCCCCCUCGCCGCCUGUGAGCCUCAUCAGCGCACUGGUUCGGGCCCAUGUGGACUCCAACCCCUCCAUGUCUGCUCUGGACUAUUCACGAUUCCAGGCAAACCCUGACUACCAAAUGACUGGAGACAACACUCAGCACAUCCAACAGUUCUACGAUCUCCUGACGGGCUCCAUGGAGAUCAUCCGGGGCUGGGCGGAGAAGAUCCCCGGCUUCUGUGAUUUACCGAAGCAAGAUCAGGAUCUGCUCUUCGAGUCCGCAUUCCUGGAACUUUUUGUCCUGCGGCUGGCAUACAGGUCCAACCCAGUGGAAGGCAAGCUUAUUUUUUGUAAUGGAGUUGUGUUACACAGGCUACAGUGCGUCCGUGGCUUUGGAGAGUGGGUGGACGCCAUCGUGGAGUUUUCCUCAAACUUACACAGCAUGAACAUAGACAUCUCAGCCUUCUCCUGCAUCGCAGCUCUGGCCAUGGUAACAGAACGACACGGGCUCAAGGAACCCAAGAGAGUCGAGGAUCUCCAAAACAAGAUCGUCAACUGCCUCAAAGACCAAGUGACGUUCAGUGGCGGUGGAUUGAAUCGUCCCAACUACUUGUCAAAACUCUUGGGGAAGCUCCCCGAACUGCGCACACUCUGUACCCAAGGUCUGCAGCGUAUCUUUUACCUAAAACUAGAAGACCUAGUCCCUCCGCCAGCAAUAAUUGACAAACUUUUCCUCGACACCCUGCCUUUCUGA